AUGGGCGUCCCCAGGUACCUGAAGUUCGAGAACGCGGACUGGCAGCUCGACGGCAGCGCGGAGCCCGGCCUCUACCCGAUCGAGGCCAUCCAGCGCACCUGGCACCUGGACAAGGGCAGGCCCAAGACCGUGCUCGGCGUGCAGCGGUGGCAGCUGCCCCUGGUCCCCGCGUUUGCGAUCACCGCGCACAGCAGUCAAGGCAAGACGCUGAAAGCCGUGCUGCUGGACCUGAACGUCAGCAAGUGGAUGCACACGGCCUUCGGCACGGUGGUCGCCAGCCGCGUCCGCAGCAGAGAGGACGUUCUGAUUCUGCGGCCCUUCCCGCUGUGGCUCUUCCAGCGCGGCGUCUCCGAGGGCCCCGGCCUGCUGCUCCGCAAGCUCCGGGGCGACAUCGACCUCGUCGCGUACCUUCAGACCCGGUGGCCCACG